AUGCCAUUCUUUGCUUUUGUACUUGUUUUUCUAUUCGCUUCCUUGUUUGUUUCCCUUAUUUUCGAUUUUUUUUUUCCUGGAAUCGAAGGGAACUCUUUAACACGCGUUCUUGUAUUAAAUGUGCCAUCCUUUUUCACGCAGGUUCUUGUGGUUUACAACUUUGCAUGCAGCCUGAUCAGUUUUUACUCCGUUGCUGUUAUUGUUGUGGCGCUUGCAAGAAACUGGCCGCAUUCGCUGUUUGUUUGUGAAGAAGAUGAGCUUGUGAAGCACGCUCUUUGGGUAUAUUACAUGACAAAGUACGUUGAGCUUCUGGAUACUGUGUUUAUGGUACUUAGACACAGACAGCGACAAAUUUCCCUACUCCAUGUAAGUAACAUCAGAUGUCCUCCGUUUUGCCAAGCCCAUGGAUUUCUCUUCCAAAUAAACCGUUUACUUUCAACCCACAUUCGGCGACAAAAUUGUUGAGACAUUGUACUCAAAUAGGGUAACUACUGAGAACAAAAGAAUCCACAUCCGUCCCCCUCCCCUCCAUUCAAAGUUGCGGUGUUUGUUGUUCAAGUUCUAUAGAUAGUUCGAACAGCGGCACAACAUUGCACGGAGGGGAUGGGGGAGGAAAAGCUUUAUUUUCCCCUUUGGAAGUCACUAAAACAUCAGAAAGCCCCUGUAAGGCGAAGUGUCUCAACUAAUUUUAUCGCCGAUUGCAGGUUUACAUUUAAAAUUGUUUUAGUGUGUGGUGUAGAGCAUUGUUUGUGAAGUUUCGCUAGGGACUCGCCAGAGUGCAACUAGGUUAUCCAUAAAAUGCUUUCGUAGUCAGAAAUAUUCGGAACAAGCCUGAUUACUGGUUAAAUCUUUUUCGUUUUAAAAUGUUUACAUGGUGCAAAAUGUCAGUGUGCGUUGGGGCUAUCGUACCCAUAAAGUAAUUUCAGUCUUUAUUUUGAAAUAUCUACAUUUUUAUUCUAGUCCCAACGGUGAUGCGUACCGCCAUGUCCAAUACAUAUGUCACCGGGGUGAUUUGCACAUGUGAACACCCUCCAAGUGCUACAGUUCAACGACACAAGGGGCACGUGCAUCAUGCAUUCUUGUAUAUGAAUUUCCUCGCCGUUCUUGUACAACGACAUGAACUGACUGUAGAUUGUCUAUCUGAGUUUGUACGUGGUCCCUUCUCUUUUAACUCCAACUAGGAAAACUUCAUUUCCCAAUCUUUUAAUAACUGAACGAGCUGGAAUAUUGCAAAAAAGUUUCAAACGAAGUGAAGUCAGUUUUUUUUACGUUUUCACUAGUUUUCCUGUUUUUUUUCGUUGUCUCUGCUGACCGAUGUCGUAUGUGCUCUUUGUAGGUUUACCAUCACUCCUCCAUGGUGAUGCUAAGUGAGUAUGCCUGCACAUACGGAAACUGGCCUGCUAUAUCAGUACCACUCGGACUUAAUGGCAUCAUUCAUGUAUUUCUCUACUACUACUAUGGAUAUUCCGCCCUUAACCCGGGUCAAAGACCAGCCUGGAAGAAGAAUCUGACACAACUACAGCUCAUACAAUUCAUGAUCGGCUUAUGUCACAUGGUGGUUGGUUAUCUGCAGCACGGAUGGUGUUAUUAUGGCAUUAUAUAUGAAAUGACCAUGAUCUGGUUAUUUUCUAACUUUUAUUAUCAUUCCUAUCUUAAAGAAAGGGCUACUGUGAAAAAGGUUGAGUGAUAACUCAACGCUAUAGUAGGCCAUAGUUGUCCGUAAGGCCAAGGCCAAACGUCCAACUUUUCAUG